UGCAGGUGUUUGAAGAGCUGCUUUUAGACGCUGACUACAGCAUCAACGCAGGGAACUGGAUGUGGCUGUCGGCCAGCGCCUUCUUCCACCAGUACACGCGGAUCUUCUGCCCUGUCCGCUUUGGGAAGCGCACGGACCCCGAGGGGCACUACAUCCGGAAAUACUUGCCUAUACUAAAGAACUUUCCCUCCAAGUACAUCUACGAGCCCUGGACAGCAUCUGAAGAGGAGCAGAAGCAAGCGGGGUGUAUCAUAGGUCAAGAUUACCCCUUCCCCAUGGUGAACCACAAGGAAGCCAGCGACCACAACCUGCAGCUGAUGAAACAAGUCAGAGAGGAGCAGUACAGAACAGCCCAGCUCACGAGAG